AUGGGAAUGUGUAAAACCGGCUUCCAAGUUUGGCUUAAAUUCAGUGAUAUUUGGGCCUUGGGAUGUGUCUUGUAUGAACUCUGCACUCUACGGCAUCCUUUCCAGUCUAAUAGUUGGAAGAAUCUCAUCCUGAAAAUCUGCAAAGGGACUUACACUCCAAUUCCAAGACAUUACUCCUACGAGCUGCAAUACAUCAUAAAGCAAAUGUUCAAAAGAAAUCCAAAGGAUCGUCCCUCUGUCAGCACUAUUCUUGCUAGGAAUUGCUUUGCAAAGCUUAUUAACAAGUUUUUAUCACCUGAGAUGGUUAAGAAGGAGUUUUGUGAAGUAAAAGCCAUAAAGAAAACAGCACAGGAUAAACACAGGAGGAUCGUGAAAGCCAGUGUACCAAGUAAAUAUGAAGAUGUCUCCUCCAACGCUGGUGGAAGUGCAAAUAUGGAAACCACAAAGACUUCACCAGAUGUUAGAAAAUGGAACCCAGCAGAAGGAGAAAGCAUUGCUAAGAGAUUAGCUCAAAAAGCAUUGGAAGAAACAGCUUCUCAAAUGGAAGUAACACCAAAGGGGGACCAUGUGAUAAUCCAAAGUGGUAAAACUUCUUCUAGUGUGCCGGGUCGAAAGAAAUGGGGUGACAUUCCCCCAGCAACAGUGUUAAAUAUACUUGAAAAUGCGAAACUGACAUCCAACUUGGCUGUUGAGGACGUGAGCAGCGGUGAUAAUGUGACAAUUUAUCCUAAAAGUAGCCCUCGAAAACGGUGGAGCCAACAUCCUCCUGAAACAGUACUGAAUUUCUUAAAGAAUGUUAACUCAAACUUUGCAUUUAAGACCUACACAAUAGAUAAAGGAGCAUCAGGAACCUAUCUCAUUGGCCCACUAUCAGCUGGAAAGGCUGAUAAUGUUGAUGGUGAAAUGGAAACAAUCGAAUUGGAUCCAGAAAGAUUGGAACCCAGAUCUGAUGAUGAAGACACAGACUUUGAAGAAGCUGAUGAGCCAGAUUGGGUGGAUGAAUUGAAGAAUUUGCUGGAGAAUAACCUUUGAAGCGCCAUUCUAACUGACUGAAUAAUUAAAAUGCUACAAAACAAAA